AUGGGUGUUCCUCAACAAUCUGCUACUGUACUUCAUUGUGGCAAUCCUAAUGCCAUCCAAAUUGCUCACACUGAUGUAUUCCAUGAACGUACUAAGCACAUUGAAAAUGACUGUCAUUUUGUUCGUCAUCAUCUUAUGGGCAACACUCUUCUCUUCGAAAGGACCCCCAAAUCUGACCGGAAAAAGUUGUUAGAGACUCUGAAGAUUGAAGUGCCGGAUUUCGAUUACGGCAAAGAUGAUGAGGGUGAAAAAGAAUGUGUGAUUUGUCUUCGUGAAAUUGAAGAAGGGGAGAAGUGUAGAAGGAUGAGCAUGUGCGAUCACGUGUUUCAUAGGGACUGCAUUGACCGGUGGUUUAUGGUGGAUCCCCAUUGUCCACUCUGUCGGACAGCCGUUUGUGUGGUGGUUGUUGAAAAAUAG